GGUUUGAACUUUGAAUAGGGAAAUCACGCUGCACCCUUAAGCAAGGAAGCAGUUCCAGAAUGGUCCGCUGAAACCUGUGAAUGAACUCAUCAAACCUCCACUCGAAAUUAUAUUGCUUUGGUCUGACAAAUUAAUUUAGGGAAUUAACAAAAAAGAAAAAAAAAGUGGGACCUGACCAAAAACGUUUGGUAAGCAUUGGUGUAAUCUCACAAAAUUAAUGAAUGUUUACAGAUGUUCAAAUGUAGCAAUUUUACUGUUUUUUUGUGGACAUCCUUAUCAAAUAAAUUAAAGGCUUCAGUAAAUGUGCAACACUUGAUUAAGGACAGCAAUAUUCCAGAUAUUCCAGGUCAAUCCCAAGAGUCACUUGCUAAGGUUCCCCAGUAGGGGUCAGUGUUUUUAUUUUCCACAAAGACGGUGGGAGGUCUGUUCAUGUGCUGUUUAUAUCCCUUUGAGCAUUAAAGCCAUGGUGCUCUGUGGAAUCCUGUAACUGCUAGACAGUGGGUUGAACAAUGUGUUCUGUUUAUUUUCAUCAACCUUUUCUCAAAUGUGAGAUUUGAGACUGAUUUGUGACCACAGGAACCACUUGCAUAGAAAUAAAAACUUUCAUUUUUAACUGUACUUGAUUUAUUUAUUUAUUUUUUUAUAUAUUUUUUAAGUAUUUGACCGCGACAGAGUGCAUUUUAAAGUGUGUGACUCAUUCACAGCGUAAUGGUGAUAAUAUCUGUACUAACAUGCACUGGAUUUGGUGUAGUUUGUCCUGAGUAAAGUACUUUAGUCGAAGUCCAGCUGUGUAUGAUUAUAAAAUGGCUCAAAUGAAUCAACUUGCAGGUCAGAAAUAUACUCACAUCCUCCACGGCAGCAUAAGUUGACAGUACCUCCUAGUUCAGGCACGUGGACAGAAUUCAAAGCCUGGCUCAUUUUAAAAUGCAAAAUGGUAAAAUUGCCCUUUUAUGUCUUGAUCUUUAAAUGUUUCACUUUUUCGUCAUGCCUUUCCUGAGCAAAUAGUAGACACUCGCUAAAAAGGCAGGGCCAGACUGUGUAUUGGUGGUCAUCUGGAAAGGACGUAAAUCCCGAAAUUGUAAUUGAAACAGUUUAAGGAGAGUUGGAAUAAAUCUGAGCCCAGGUUACUGGUUACCAAAUGUGUUUCCUGUUCUCUUAAGAUGUGUCCCCAUUCUAGAAUGUAAUUAUUUGAUGGGAUGCUUUCCUAAGGACUCUGAAUGGUGUAUGACUGUUUGUUUUCUCCAGUCAAACCCCCAAUGGCCACUCUGGACAUACUGUAUGGUCAAAAGUGUGGACAGAUUUGUAAAUUAUUUGCCCAUCUGAUGGUUAACAAGCUGAAUUACCCGGAAAUUCUCAUUACCCUAAUGGAAUUUUCUGGAAGUUAGCCAUUGGUUUUUUUUGUUUUAAAGGACAAAGGUACAUUGAACAGAUUGCCCCAGACGCAGCUCUUGAUAUGUUGGAAAAACAAUUGAAGAUUUGAUGUUUUAUAUAUGGAUACAAAUUGAAUCACAUUUUCAUAUUUAGCACUACCCGAAUAAUUCCUCAAUUUUUCACUUAAAUGAGCCUAUUCAUCCUUUGAAAAGGCAAAUGAAAGUUCCACUGUCAGUUCCACUCCUUGUUAAUUAAGGUUUUGGGACUUUUCAUUUUGAUGGAAAUUAAAUCAAUUAAAAAAAAAUGAAUGAACAAAUAAAUACUGUUAAACUAUAUAGUUUUUUAAAAUAGUUUUUAUUUUUUUCCUCAUUGACGUAAGACUUCCCACUUCUGACCGUAGAUGCCUGAGUUUUGUUCAAGUGGCAAACCAAUGCAGGCGACCGGCAAGAAUAAAAAAGUAUGUUGUCGGUCUUAUAAUCAAGACUUCAUCUGAUGCAACAAACGUAGAGAAAGAGAAGGUGUAUAUUGGAAAACUGAACAUGAUCCUGGUCCAGAUCCUGAAGCAGGAGUGGCCGAAGCACUGGCCCACCUUCAUCAGCGACAUCGUGGGGGCCAGCCGCACCAGCGAGAGCCUCUGCCAGAACAACAUGAUCAUCCUGAAGCUGCUGAGCGAGGAGGUCUUCGACUUCUCCAGCGGGCAGAUGACCCAGGUCAAAGCCAAGCACCUGAAGGACAGCAUGUGCAAUGAGUUCUCGCAGAUAUUUCAGCUCUGCCAGUUUGUCAUGGAAAACUCCCAGAAUGCCCCCCUGGUUCACGCUACCCUGGAGACGUUGCUGCGGUUUCUGAACUGGAUUCCUCUAGGUUACAUAUUUGAAACCAAACUCAUCAGCACACUUGUAUAUAAGUUCCUAAACGUCCCCAUGUUCCGCAACGUGACCCUGAAGUGCCUGACGGAGAUCGCGGGGGUGAGCGUGAGCCAGUACGAGGAGCAGUUCGUCACGCUGUUCACCCUCACCAUGAUGCAGCUCAAACAGAUGCUUCCGCUGAACACCAACAUCCGGCUGGCCUACUCCAACGGGAAGGACGACGAGCAGAACUUCAUCCAGAACCUGAGCCUGUUCCUCUGCACCUUCCUCAAGGAGCACGGCCAGCUGAUCGAGAAGCGGCUCAACCUGCGGGAGACGCUCAUGGAGGCCCUGCACUACAUGCUGCUGGUGUCGGAGGUGGAGGAGACGGAGAUCUUUAAGAUCUGCCUGGAGUACUGGAACCACCUUGCGGCCGAGCUGUACAGGGAGAGCCCCUUCUCCACCUCCACGUCCCCCCUGCUCUCAGGCAGCCAGCACUUCGACGUCCCGCCCCGGAGGCAGCUCUACCUGCCCGUGCUGUCCAAGGUUCGGCUGCUGAUGGUGAGCCGAAUGGCCAAACCAGAGGAGGUCCUUGUGGUGGAGAAUGACCAGGGAGAGGUGGUCAGGGAAUUCAUGAAGGACACGGACUCCAUCAACCUGUACAAGAACAUGCGCGAGACGCUGGUGUACCUCACGCAUUUGGACUACGCGGACACGGAGCGGAUCAUGACCGAGAAGCUGCACAACCAGGUGAACGGGACCGAGUGGUCGUGGAAGAACCUGAACACGCUGUGCUGGGCCAUCGGCUCCAUCAGCGGGGCCAUGCACGAGGAGGACGAGAAGCGCUUCCUGGUCACCGUCAUCAAGGACCUGCUGGGGCUGUGCGAGCAGAAGAGGGGGAAGGACAACAAGGCCAUCAUCGCCUCUAACAUCAUGUACAUCGUGGGCCAGUACCCCCGCUUCCUCCGCGCCCACUGGAAGUUCCUCAAGACCGUGGUCAACAAGCUGUUUGAGUUCAUGCACGAGACGCAUGAUGGCGUGCAGGACAUGGCCUGUGACACCUUCAUCAAGAUCGCGCAGAAGUGCCGCCGGCAUUUCGUCCAGGUGCAGGUGGGGGAGGUCAUGCCCUUCAUCGACGAGAUCCUCAACAACAUCAACACCAUCAUCUGCGACCUGCAGCCGCAGCAGGUGCACACGUUCUAUGAAGCUGUGGGCUACAUGAUAGGGGCCCAGACAGACCAGGCCGUCCAGGAGCACCUGAUAGAGAAGUACAUGCUGCUGCCCAACCAGGUGUGGGACAGCAUCAUUCAGCAGGCCACAAAGAACGUGGACAUCCUGAAGGACCCGGAGACGGUGAAGCAGCUGGGCAGCAUCCUGAAGACCAACGUGCGGGCGUGCAAGGCGGUGGGCCACCCCUUCGUCAUCCAGCUGGGCCGCAUCUACCUGGACAUGCUCAACGUGUACAAGUGCCUGAGCGAGAACAUCUCCGCCGCCAUCCAGACCAACGGAGAGAUGGUCACCAAGCAGCCUUUGAUCAGAAGUAUGCGGACGGUCAAGAGGGAGACGCUGAAGCUCAUUUCGGGCUGGGUCAGCCGAUCAAACGAUCCUCAGAUGGUGGGGGAGAACUUUGUGCCCCCGCUGCUGGACGCCGUGCUGAUCGAUUACCAGCGGAACGUCCCCGCGGCCCGAGAGCCCGAGGUCCUCAGCACCAUGGCGACCAUCGUCAACAAGCUGGGCGGGCACAUCACCGGCGAGAUCCCGCAGAUAUUCGACGCCGUCUUCGAAUGCACCUUAAACAUGAUCAACAAAGACUUUGAGGAGUACCCGGAGCACAGAACACAUUUCUUCUACCUGCUGCAAGCGGUCAAUUCCCACUGCUUCCCCGCGUUCCUGGCCAUUCCCCCGGCGCAGUUCAAACUGGUGCUGGACUCCAUCAUCUGGGCCUUCAAACACACCAUGAGGAACGUGGCCGACACCGGGCUCCAGAUUCUCUACACGCUGCUCCAGAACGUGGCCCAGGAGGACGCCGCCGCCCAGAGCUUCUACCAGACCUACUUCUGCGACAUCCUGCAGCACAUCUUCUCCGUCGUCACGGACACGUCUCACACAGCCGGUUUGACGAUGCACGCGUCCAUCCUCGCGUACAUGUUCAACCUGGUGGAGGAGGGUAAGAUCAGCACUGCCCUCAACCCCUCCAGUCCAGUCAACAACCAGGGCUUCAUCCAGGAGUACGUGGCCAACCUCCUCAAAACGGCCUUCCCGCACUUACAGGAUGCCCAGGUGAAAGUAUUUGUAACGGGGCUGUUCAGCUUGAAUCAAGAUAUUCCUGCCUUCAAAGAGCACCUGAGGGACUUCCUGGUGCAGAUAAAGGAGUUUGCUGGGGAGGACACCACAGACCUGUUCCUGGAGGAGAGGGAGGCGUCUCUGCGACAGGCGCAGGAGGAGAAACACAAGCUGCAGAUGUCCGUCCCCGGGAUCCUGAACCCGCACGAGAUCCCCGAGGAGAUGUGCGACUAAAAAAAACAACAACAAAAAAAACAACUUGUAUAGUCACCUAAAAAAGUUCAAUUAAAAAAAAAAAACAAACAAACAAACAAAAAAAAAACCAAGUUGCCACGGCAGCCCUUCCGCGGGACGGCGCGUAAGCCCCGCCCCCAGGAGGGUCAGGCACUUGGGCGUUCGUCGACCAAAACAAUGCCAACGUGUAAAUGAUGCCGUCACCCGCUGGCCCUUUUUACAUAGUAUGGGUUUUAUAUGGACACCUUUAUGUAUUACCUUUCCAUUGCUAAUCCAAGCUUACGUUCGGUCAUCUUUCAUUUAGAGCUGCAUGAGGUCGUAUGACGCAAGACAUUUUAACUCUCCUCCCCCACCCGUUAAUAUGUUUAUAUAUAUAUAUAUAUAUAUAAAACGAUGUACAAAGGCAGGAGAGCUGAUUUUUUUUUGUGCGCAAAAAGUUAUACGUGUCAAAACCAGCAGCGGAAAAGGCCUGUGGAACUGUGGCUUUGCAGCCGGUGAAGUGGAUUUGGGGGGUCCCCUCGGGGAGACUUCGGGGAGCCUCGGCUCGGGGAGAUUUGGGGGGGCCCGGCCGGCCCCCCCGCCGCACAGCGGGAGAAUGUGUGCUCGCCGCGUUUCCAGCGCAGGGGGCGGUGUUUUAAGCGGUGCCAGGGUCGCGUGGCUCUCACUGGUCCGCUCCGCUCCGCUGAAGCCUGCUGCCUCCUGCUGAUUGGCGGGAGAGUGCUGUCUGGCAGCGAGAUGGAUUAUGUGCAUAUCAUCCCAAAUAGAAAGCGUCGGUUAAAACCGCGGGAACAUAAAGUUGGUUUAUUUUGACUUUUUUUGUGAGCGUGUGUGUGUGUGUGUGUGCUGUCGCCUAGACGACAUCAGGUUUUUGUUUUCCUCAAUGAGGACUGUUGCUCAUUUCUGAGCCUUCAUUUAAAUCGAAGUUUAAAAAAGUGGUUAAAAUAUUUAUGGUUUAAUGUAGUCUGCAUCUUUAUAACAACUCAUGUUAAUUCGAAUGGCUUUUGAGAUUGAAUUGUACUAAUUUACAUUGUUUACCAUGCUGUAGUGCUUCAAGAACACUACUUAGAGCAAAAUAAAACUUGGUUUACAUUUAAUUUUGUAUUUUUGCAUUUUCAUUUUUAUCUUGAAAUUCUAUCCAAAUAAACCAGAGGCUUUUACCCAGAGAAUACGCAAUUGCCAACAGACUAAUUAGAGGAAUGUAUAAACCCAAAUAUUGAUCUUUAAUGGCAAAUUAUCCCUUCUCUAAGUGUUACAUUUGUUGUGAAACUUUUUGAAACUGAUUAAAGUUGAGAAUUUUAUAA